UUAUCAGGAUACCGUAAAAUGGGGCGACUUUCAAAACUAGGGGCGUCUUUGAUGAUAGCUUUUUUUGGUAGGUUUUUCAAUAAUAUCUUGGACGAUUCUGAACGAACCCUUUUUUGUUUUUUAGUAUUGGCCACAUUGGUAUAUCGGCCAUCUUUCCUCAAGGCGUGAGCGCAAGAACUAUUGUGUCUCCACAAAAAAAAAUUAUUUCGUAGUUCAGUUGCAAACUAUACAAACUUUAUGUGCUACAAAACUUCUUUUGUGCAAGAGUAAGUUCAACAUGGUACGAAAGUACAAGAAGCUUGCAGGUGCCCGUGAGUACAAAAACUAUACUCAAGAAACUUUAGAGGAAGCCCUAGAAAAAAUAACAGAUGGGGAAAUGAGUAUAAAUGCAGCAGCUAUAAACUAUAAAAUUCCCUUCGGCACCUUAUACAAUAAAUAUAAGGGCAUGCAUGGUUCUACUCCGGGUGGACAGCCAGUGUUUUCACACUCGGAAGAAGUGGCAAUUUUAAGAGCUGCGGCUACUUGCGCUGAUUGGGGUUUUCCACUUACCACUUUCGAUCUUCGAAUGUUCGCAAAGUCAUAUUUGGACCAACAAGGCAGAAAUGUAACGAGGUUCUCGAACAACAUACCUGGAAUCGAUUGGGCACUCAGCGUUCUAAAACGUCACAAAAAUGGGUUCGGUCAAAGACUCGCCACUAACAUUAAAAGAGCACGAGCCGCAGUAGAUCGGAACUCAAUAAACACAUAUUUUGACAACCUCCAAAGAGAAGUUGUUGACAUACCACCUUCCAACAUAUUUAACUAUGACGAAUCAAAUUUGUCUGAUGAUCCGGGCAAAAAAAAGUGUAUUUACAGGCGAGGUGUUAAAUAUCCUGAAAAAAUUAUGAACCAUUCAAAAAGCUGCACCACGAUUAUGAUUUGUGGGUCGGCUGAUGGAACUCUAUUGCCACCUUACGUUAUUUAUAAGAGCUUGCAUUUGUACGAUACAUGGAAAGAAAGGGGAAUUGUUGGCUAUCCCUGUUGUACCAAACCAUGCUGCAGUCGUGGCAGUAGAUUCAAUAGAACAACAAGUGGAUGGAUUGAUGCACCUACCUUCAGAGACUGGUUCAUUACAAGUUUCUUACCACAUGCUGAUAGGCUCGACGGACGAAAGGUGCUAAUCGGCGACAAUUUGUCGUCCCAUCUCGAUUCUGAUGUAUUGGAAAAAUGUCAGUCUCACAACAUAAGCUUCAUUUGUCUUGUGCCUAACUCCACACACAUAUGCCAACCCUUAGAUGUGGGGUUCUUCCGUCCAAUGAAGACUGCAUGGCGAAAGACACUCGAAGAAUGGAAAAAGUUCAAUCUAAAAGCAGGAACUGUACCUAAGGAAGCAUUUCCGCGGCUUCUCAAACAAAGCAUUAUGGAGAUGGACAAAGUUCAGCCAGCAACAGCCUCGGACGAAGAGGCGAUCACCUCUGCGGUAAAAAGAAACUUGAUAAGUAGUUUCAAAGCUACAGGGAUCUUCCCGUUUAAUAGGGACAGUGUAUUGCGAAAAAUACCCGACAACUCGCCUGAAGCUCAAAAUCGCGUAGAGGGAAGAGUCAGAGACUCUUUGACAGAUUUUUUAAAAGAACAACGCUUUGGAAAGACUGGUGAACCAACAAGGAAGAAAAAACGGUUGCAAAUUGGGCCAGGAAAAAGCAUUGCUACCCUCGAUGAACCUGGACCUUCAACAGCCUCUGAAGCACAUCUUUUGACAUGUAGUGUAGAUGCAUCACCUAUCUCUGAUUUUGCUGAAGCAGGCCCUUCGACAAUGAAUCCAACAGAGGAUUUUGACAACGAUCCCAUCCAGGAUCCUUUAUGCCCGCAACUACCGUUAAAAGAUAAAACCCCUGAGUAUGAAGAUGAAAUUACAGAUUGCGAAUCUGUUGCGGAUGACCGAAGAAUAGAGAGUCCAUGCCCUGAAACUGGAAAAUUCGUUUUGGCGAAAUUUACUUCCAAAAAAGGUAAAAGACAUUACCAGUAUGUCUGCAUGAUUGAAGAUAUUUCCGAAGAAAAAAUCGUGGUAUUAGGUUUCAAGUCACAUAAGAGGAACAAAACGGUAUUUCGAGCUGUUAAUGACGACGUCUCCAUUAUUGAAAAAAGUGACAUUAUAACUUAUUUACCUCAACCAAUCUUACGCGAAGGUUUUUAUGUUUUUCCACAAGAUGUAAAUGUAAAAGAACUCUAAGAUGGAGAUUUUUUUUUGAUAUAAAUAUGUUGAUUGAAAUAGUUUAGACAUCUAGGUAGGUACUUAUUUCUUUAAUUUGUUAUUUGUUCUUUACAAAAAUUAUUAAAAUGUUUAUGUAUAUUUAAUUAUUAUGAGAGCCAUGCCUUGACAGUAUUGUUUUCAUAGAGAUUCAUCCUCAAAUGAAUAAAUCUAAGACUGAUUGCUAAGUCAUUAUUUCUAUCAUAGUUCGUGUUUGUGCCAUUCAUGUAUAAAACGUUUCCUAGAGUCAAACAUUUAAUUUAAAUAAAUACUUUUGAAACUAUAUGUUUGUUUUAAUAUAUUUAUUUAUCCACAAACAUUUACAAAAUCACAUUCUGAUUUGUAAUAAGAGGUACAUUUAGCAUUUUAAAACUAUUAUCAAAGUAACCCCUGUAAUCAAACUCGCCCCCCUGAACUUAGAAUCUCUGGAUUAAAAAAUCUAUUAGAUGGAAUAUUUUUUUUAUUUUUGUUUUAGUAUCCUGUAAGGGGAUACUUUGAUAUUCUAUUUAAAAACUGGAGGCUAUCAAAGCAACCCCAAUUCAAGUAUAAAGUUGAUAAGCCGUAAAACUUUUUUUUUCUCAGAAACGACAAGCUAUUUUUU